UUCCAUGCUUCGUUUGAUAUUGGCAUUAAUGUUUACCCAACCCAAUGGGGAAGUAAUAUCUUGUUUAAAAAUUCAGUUUUCCAUGGUUGAUUGAUGCAAAAAUUAGUAGUCGUCAUUUCCACCUCUUGAUUGAUGGAUUGGUCUUCCAGAAUGACCUAAUAGUGAUAAAAAUUGUCUCUGACUUCGUACUGGUUUGGGAGGGGGUGUCUGGCUGACUUCGUACUGGUUUGGGAGGGGGUUUCUGGCGCUGAUAGUGCGAGAUUCAAAUGGGUUGAAAUAGUGGUUGGGUCCCAGUAUUUCAGGUAGGGUGGAAACAUGACCUGGAUUGUGGCAAGGGAGGUGGUGGUAGAGGGUGGCGAAGAUGGCAUGCGCCAAAAGGGAAAUUGAAGCUGCAGUUUGAUCAAAUUUUAACUGAAGAGAAACAACUGUUGAAAAGGCCAGGAAAAUGUUUGUAUACUACUGUUAGAGAGCUUGUUGAAAAUGCACUUGAUUCAGCAGAGUCAAUCUCUGAACUUCCUGUCAUAGAGAUAACAAUAGAAGAAAUUGGGAGAAGCAAGUUCAACUCCAUGAUUGGUCUUGCUGACCAUGAACGUGUUGACGCAGAGCUAUAUGAUGAUUUUGAGACAGCCAAGGCUCGUGAGAAAAGACUUGCCAAGGAAGCUCGUCUUCAAGAAAUUCAGGCAAAGAAUGCUGCUCUUGGGAAGAAAGCCAAAGCACCAACAUCAAUGAAAUCAAUAAAGAGUCGUGAGGCCUCAUAUUACAGGGUCACUUGCAAGGAUAAUGGAAGGGGAAUGCCACAUGAUGAUAUCCCAAAUAUGUUUGGACGAGUUCUUUCUGGAACUAAGUAUGGCUUAAAACAGACGCGUGGAAAAUUUGGACUUGGUGCAAAAAUGGCUCUUAUUUGGUCCAAGAUGAGUACUGGACUGCCCAUUGAGAUCCUUUCAUCAAUGAAGGGCCAGAAUUAUUCAUCAUUUUGCAGACUAGAUAUAGAUAUCAAUAAGAAUAUUCCUCACAUCCAUGUGCAUGAAAAAAGAGAGAAUGAGGAAAAAUGGCACGGAGCUGAAAUCCAGAUAGUAAUUGAGGGGAACUGGACAACCUAUCGUUCCAAAAUAUUACACUACAUGCGUCAAAUGGCUGUCAUCACUCCAUAUGCACAAUUCCUUUUCAAGUUUCUGUCAGAAUCUCCAGACAAAAAUGUCACUGUGAGAUUUGCUAGGAGGACUGAUGUCAUGCCUCCCGCUCCUCUUGAGACCAAGUAUCAUCCAUCGGCAGUUGAUUUGCUUUUGAUAAAAAGACUUAUUGCUGAGACUUCAAAGCAAAAUCUUAUGCAAUUUCUUCAACAUGAAUUUGUGAACGUUGGGAAGUCCUAUGCCGAGCGUUUAAUUGGGGAAAUGGGUCCAGAUUUUGGCCCAAAAAUGCCUGUUAAAUCUCUGACCUCUCAGCAAAUAGUUCGCAUCCAUCAGUUGUUCCGUCAAGCUAAGUUUGACGAUCCCAGUGGUGAUUGCCUGAGUCCAGCUGGAGAAUACAAUCUACGUUUAGGGAUUAUAAAGGAGCUGCAUCCAGAUAUGGUUGCUACUUAUUCAGGAAGUGCUCAAGUGUUUGAAGGCCACCCUUUCAUUGUGGAAGCAGGACUUAGUUUGGGUGGAAAAGAUGUUAAACAAGGGCUAAAUAUUUUCCGAUUUGCUAACCGGAUUCCACUUCUGUUCGAGCAAGGUGCUGAUGUUGUCACCAGGACUGCUGUGAAGAGAAUUAAUUGGAACAGUUACAAGAUCAACCAAACGCAAGACAAGAUUGGUGUCUUUGUGAGCAUUGUAAGCACCAAAAUUCCUUUUAAAGGAACUGGAAAAGAGUACAUUGGUGAUGACAUCAGUGAAAUAGCUUCUGCUGUCAAGACAGCUAUUCAGCAGUGCUGUGUCCAGCUAAAAUCAAAAAUAGUGAAAAGAAUACAGGCUCGUGAGCAGCAAGAGAGAAAGCGAAGUUUGAACAAGUACAUUCCUAAUGCCACUGGUGCUAUUUAUGAGAUAUUAAAAGAGAUGUCACGCUCGCAUGCUUCAAAGAAAAGACGUUCUGAAGAUAAAGAUGCAGAAUUACUAAAAAAAGUUUCGGACCAGAUAGUGACAGAAGAAACGUUGCGCGAAAAGCUUGCUCAACAUGUGGAACAGGUUGACUAUGAGAUGGCACUGGAAUAUGCAACACAGACUGGUGUAAAUGAGGAACCCAGAGAAGACAUAUACAUUCCACCACUGCAAGCUGAAUAUAAUUUCACUGAGUUUCACAGCCCCGUGUUCGUCUUCAGGCUUGUCCAUUAGGUAUUAUCAGACAUUUGAACUAUUAUUUUGCCAUCGCUUUGUUUCAUACACGAUGAAAGAUAGGAGGGCCGAGAGGAGAAUAUGCGAAUGCAUUACCAGUUUAAAAGGAUAUUCGUCUUACAUCAACAGGAGGUCCAAUACUGUAUUUGCCCAGCUUGUUUUCCGUCUUUAUAUUUCGGGCAAUGAAAUUCUGCCCAGUCCACGAUCACACUUGUCUCUAUAUGAUUGGAGGACGGUGAAAAUGCCCAUGAAUUGUACAUUGCUAGUCCUAUUCCUUGAUUUUAGUUUGACAAAGAAGUUGAUAUAGCUACUGAAAGUCGCAAUAUUAACAAGGUGUGUAAUUGUACUUGUUUAUCCUUUGGGUAUAGAAAACCUCCGA